CCGUCCCCGCGUUGACUUUCAAGGGAACAGGAUGGAACUCUUGUGAGCAACCUCGCGUCAACUAAAAGUCGCCAGUACUGUGUUGGCGCUCAUCCAGCCGCAAACUCAUUUUGCUGCAUGAGGGAGCGUGCUCUGAUCCCAUACCACCGAACCGCAGCAACCGCACUUUGCAAUCAGCGACCAUGUCGAAAGCUGUCCAACCCCGCAUAUUUAUUCUGCUCGACGAGCUUGCAGCCUUUGAGGCUGUAGAGGGACCAACUGCUGUUUCUGCCGGCCGACCCUCCAAUGACGAAGACCAGGACCUGCAUACAUGGGUUGGCACAAUCAUCGGCCCUUCAGUGAUUGUCGGCGGAAGGAACCAGAGCAGCUUUUGCGACAGGAUCUACAGCUUGAAGCUAUACUGCAGCGACAAAUACCCAUACGAACCACCUACCAUACACUUUAUCAACAAAAUCAACCUACCCGGCGUUGACCCGACCGAUGGUCGCGUAGACCCUUCCAAGUUCAAUCUUUUGAAGGAGUGGAUCGCCACUGGCAACCCCCAGCAACACCUCAAGUUUUCCAUCUCUAGCGCGCUAUACGAGCUGCGAACAUACAUGCAAAGGAACUAUCAACUCCCGCAGGAAGAGGAAAACGCCGUCUACGAUUGCUACAAAGACAACCGCUAGCACAUUUCGUGUAAGGGUAUAGAGCGUUCAUCAGCGCGUUACUCGGGGUAACGCAUUCACGAAGUAUUGAAACACGAUAAGAGGCGAGCGCUGGGAAUUGUCGAGAGCGGAUAGCACCGAGCCAUGAUUAGACAUGACGAAUGGCAGUGGAGAAAGAAAGAUUACUGAUGCGGGUCUUGAGAACUUUCGAUUACCGAUUCAAUUGAGGCCGAUAGUACUGAAUAGAUGUAAAGAAUUGGCAUUUUGCUAGUAACUGCGCGUUGAAUUAUUGUUGA